AAGAAAAUCGACCACCAUGGCGAAAAAACCAAGCAUGGGUAGACAAAAGAUCAAAAUCGAGAAAAUCGAGGUCAAAAACCACCUACAAGUCACCUUCUCGAAGCGCAGAUCCGGUCUAUUCAAGAAAGCCAGUGAGCUCUGCACACUUUGUGGGGUCGAAAUCGCAAUUAUCGUUUUCUCGCCAGCUGGCAAAGUUUUCUCCUUCGGCCACCCUAAUGUCGAGUCCAUAGUCGACAGGUUCUUACCUCGAAACUCGGCCUGCCCUAAUAAUAAUAAUAACGGGCCUUAUCAUCUCAUCGAGGCUCAGAGAAAUGCUAGUGUUAGGGAUCUGAACUUGCAAUUAGGUCAAGUUUCGUACGAACUCGACCUAGAAAGAAAACGGGCCGAGAAUCUGGACAAUGUGCGGAAAACAAACGAGACGCAGUAUUGGUGGGAGGGGCCCGUUGAGAAAUUAGGGUUAGACGAGCUGGAGCAGUUGAAGACUGCCAUGGAAGAUCUCAAGGAGAACGUGAGUCAGCAUGUGAAUAAGAUGAUGAUGAAUACUAUUCAUUCGAAUAGUAUUUUCAAUAUGUCGAAUAAUAAGGGGGUUUUCGAGCAGUACGAGAGUAAACCUAGCCAGCUGGCGAUUCAUGUGGCUGAGAAUAAUAACAAUAAUAAUAAUGUUAAUAAUGAUCAUGCUAAUGCUGGUUUUGGUUACUGCCAUGGAUUUUUCUGAUGCAUGAAUGCAUGGAUGUAAUAUUUUGA